CGGGUCUCGAAGCCGCCUGCAGGGGGCGCCCGUGAGCGGCGCGGCCGGAGCCCGAGCCCGAGCCCGAGACGCCGCGGAGACAGCGGGAGCCGGCGCGCGAGCUGCAGGUGCCUCAGGGACUGUGAAGCUGAGCUGAGCCAAGAUGCUGCCGGAGCCCCUGAAGAGGGUCUGGUUUCUGGAGACUCAGAGUUGGCUCUGAAACAGCCCUUGGGGAGCCCCCCCCCACCCCCCGCUUGCCUGCAGGGACGCUCUUGGCUCCUGUGAAGAAGGGGCUCAGGGGCCUGGGCAGGGCCAGCUGCACUGCAGCUAUGGACCGUGAGCUGGCCUGGCCCGUGUCCUUGCUGACCCCGCCUGUCUGCGGCCAUGCCACCAUGGGCUCCUGGGUGUACAUCAUGGUGGAGCUGGCAAUUGCUGUGCUGGCCAUCCUGGGCAAUGUGCUGGUGUGCUGGGCUGUGUGGCUGAACAGCAACCUACAGAACGUCACCAACUACUUUGUGGUGUCACUGGCGGCAGCCGACAUUGCUGUGGGAGUCCUCGCUAUCCCCUUCGCCAUCACCAUCAGCACAGGGUUCUGUGCUGCCUGCCAUAAUUGCCUCUUCUUCGCCUGCUUUGUCCUGGUCCUCACACAGAGCUCCAUCUUCAGCCUCCUGGCCAUCGCCAUUGACCGCUACAUCGCCAUCCGCAUCCCACUCCGGUACAAUGGCUUGGUGACUGGCACAAGGGCCAAAGGCAUCAUUGCAGUCUGCUGGGUGCUGUCAUUUGCCAUUGGCUUGACUCCCAUGUUGGGCUGGAACAACUGCAGCCAGCCGAAGGAGGGCAAAAACCACUCACAGGGCUGUGGGGAGAGCCAGGUAGCCUGUCUCUUCGAGGAUGUGGUCCCCAUGAACUACAUGGUGUACUACAACUUCUUUGCUUGUGUCCUGGUGCCCCUGCUGCUCAUGCUGGGUGUCUACUUGCGGAUAUUCCUGGCGGCUCGGCGACAGCUGAAGCAGAUGGAGAGCCAGCCUCUGCCGGGGGAGCGGACUCGGUCCACGCUGCAGAAGGAGGUCCAUGCUGCCAAGUCGCUGGCCAUCAUUGUGGGGCUCUUUGCCCUCUGCUGGCUUCCCCUGCACAUCAUCAACUGCUUUACCUUCUUCUGCCCAGAGUGUAACCAUGCCCCGCUCUGGCUCAUGUACCUGACCAUCAUCCUCUCCCACACCAAUUCCGUUGUGAAUCCCUUCAUCUAUGCCUACCGCAUCCGUGAGUUCCGCCAGACCUUCCGCAAGAUCAUUCGCAGCCAUAUCCUGAGGCGACGGGAGCCCUUCAAGGCAGGCGGCACCAGUGCCCGGGCCUUGGCAGCUCAUGGCAGUGAUGGAGAGCAGAUCAGCCUUCGCCUCAAUGGUCAUCCUCCUGGGGUGUGGGCCAAUGGCAGUGCCCCCCAUCCUGAGCGGCGGCCCAAUGGCUAUGCCCUGGGGUUGGAAGGAAAUCUUUCUCUUUGGUGGAUGGAACCAGUCACGUUGGGAGAAGAAUGAAUGUGCCUGGAGACCCUUCUUGUGGCCAGUUCCCACUUUGGACUGAGAGAAGAGUACCCUGGCUGGAGCAGCAUGAGGCCCAGCAGGAAGGGUUUGGAGUCCGAGGAAGCAGACAUUUCAUGUUGGGAGGCCCUGCAUCAGGUCAGGGCCACGGCAUCAGAACAUCUUGGCUGGGCAGGGCCCAGUACCCCACUCGAAGCAUCUAGAAAUACCACCCUAACUUCACAGAGCAGCUGUGGCAGAGCAGGCUAGCUAGCCCUAAGGCUGGGGGUGGCUCCGACAGACCCCCCUAAUCACACACACACCACCCUCCCGAGACUUUCCAAGGGUUCAGGAGCUGCUGUGCCCAGAGGUGGCAUGUUUUUGUUUUUGUUUUUUCCAGGAGAAAAUGUUAAACCUGAAGAAAUCCCUUUUUUUUUUUUUUUUUUUUUAAAUCAUCUUCCUUCCCUGGUUGCUGGGUCUGUUGUUGGUCUUGCUGCUAACCUAGCCUCAGAGGUCAGCCCAGGGAGUCCCAGGCAGCUCUCACUGGCUGCCAUGAGCUGCCAUGCACUUCUUACCCCAUCAGUCCCAGGGCCAUUUCUUAAGGCCACAGAGCUGGGCUCAAGGACAAGGAGUUGUAAUGGAAUGGUGUCAGACUGUGGGCUUAAGGGAGGAGGUGGGGACUGGCCCACCAUGGGGUGUGCCUGGGUAGCUCAGAGCUGCCCAGUUAGAGGCCCUAUCUAACUGCCUUUCCUUCUGAAGGGAAUGUUUUUUUCUGAGAUAAAAUAAAAAUGAGCCAUGUUGUGUUUUAAACUUG